AUGACGGAAUCUCUCUCUGAGGCGGCAUCACCAACGGCGAUCGAGCGGUCGCCGGAGGACCAAGAUCUUCUGGAACGCAAUACCAAGAAGACGAAGAGAGGAAGGGAGUACACAGCAUCUUCCUCGUCGAUGCCGGCGGAGGACCAAAUAAAAGAAACGCCAACGAAAGCGGAGGCAAGGACCCCUGAGUCGAACCAGUGGAAAACUCCGGCGGAGACUCCACACAAUGUGUGGGCAACCAAGGAACCCCAUCCCCAGGCGGAGGAGAUAGUGCCAGAGGACGAUACUAUGGACAAUGGUAGCUUCAAAUCGGAUUUCCCGAUCAUUACGGUAACCAAAGCGGAGAAAGAGAGACUAAGACGGCCAUGGCGACGGUCGCUUAUCAUCAGAGUCUUGGGCAGAAAGGUGAAUUAUUCUUAUCUUCAACAAAGAUUACAGCGCAUGUGGAAGCUUGAGGGUGUCUUCGACCUAAUCGCGAUUAGCCAUGACUACUACAUAGCGAAAUUUGAAUCGCUCAAAGAUUACGAGUUUGCUAAAUUCGAGGGUCCUUGGAUGAUUUUGGAUCACUAUCUUGUGGUUCAAGAAUGGGAGCCGAACUUCAGUCCAUGGAAGAACAAGACCAGGAAGCUUUUGGUAUGGGUGAGGUUCCCGAAAUUACCGAUUGAGUACUUCGAUGAAGAGUUCUUGAAGAAGAUUGGACUCUCGAUCGAUCGUCCCGUCAAAAUCGAUACUACAACGAGUCUCACCUCCAAAGGGAAUUUCGCAAGAAUCUGUAUUGAAAUUGAUAUAACUAAGCCCCUGUUGUCAAAGUUCGUUCUAAACAUGGAGGAAUGGCCAAUAGAGUACGAAGGAAUUCACCUUGUGUGCUUCAAGUGUGGGAAAUAUGGUCACCGCUAUGAGCAAUGCGGCUUGGAGGGGCCGGAAAACAUGGAAUCAGAUUUCAACCAGAAAACCCGCCCUAUUCCGGCGGCGACGAACAGUAACGCAACCGGACAAGGUGGGUCCGAAGUACGGUGCCUGGAUGCUAGUGAGCCGAAGAGACCGGAGGAAUCAGACCAGGAGGCCGAAUUAUCCGAGGGAGGAAGCUCCGGUCGACAGAGGACAAGCCCCACGCAAGAAGGCCGGAUUUAA